CUAGCCAAACUGGCCCAUUCAUGGCCCAUACGAAGUAGUAGUUAACCUGUUUCCCGGGAAAAAGCCAAGUUAGGUAUUUCGCGUGGCUUACCAUUCGCCGAAGAACAUCCACAUCACCACCGGAAGGAAAAUCCAAAUCCAAAUCCAAAUUAUCUGCAAAUUGUGGAUCCCAAACCCGUCAAUCCCCCGCCUCUAAUUCUCCGCAACCCACAAACCACAAAAACCUCCGCCUCUUCUUCUUGGCAAGAAUCAUCCAUGGCAGCAGCAGCAACACCACCACCGCCGGGUCAUUCCUCCAAUUCAAAUCACUGCCCACCACCACCACCGUAAACCAUGCCGCCGCCGUCGCGUCCCCCGACUCCUCUUCCUCCUGCACCGCCGCAUCCUCAAUCGACCCACCUGCUCUUAACCACCUCCCACCACAGACCCAACAUCAACAUCCCCGAUUUCUUCCUCACAGCUCUCUCCAUCCUCUUCCUCUUCUCUUCUUCUUCUCCCCCUUCUUCUUCUUCUUCCUCUGCCAGUCUCAAACCCCAGUUCCCGAAAAUCCCCUCCAGCCGCAGCCGUCGAUUCUUUCAACUCCCAUCCAUGUCGGUCUCUAAUUCAAGUAACCGGCGCCGAUUCGCCACCCCCAAUUGCCUCUCCGAUUGGCUCAAGCCCCGAUUGGCCUCCGAUUCGUUCGCCUCCUGGGGGGUCAAGCCGGGGACGAAAAACGUCCACAACCUCUGGCUCGAGAUCUCCCAGGGAGAGACCUCUCUCGCCGAUUCCACCCCUCCGAUUCGCACGGUCAACGUUGUUACAGUUCGGGUCAUCGGGAAGAACAGCCGGGUCCUCGUGGAGUCGCAUCAGGAGCUUUCCGACGGGACCGUGAGGAGCCGGCACCGGCCCUUGUCGGAGAAGAUGAAGCCUGACGAGAGCCCUGAGUCGGCCGUCCUGCGGGCGGUAAGGGAGGAGCUGGGAUCGGUUGCCGGUGGGGAAGUGAGGAUUGUGCCGGGUUCGUACAGGGAGAAGGUGGAGGAGAGGUAUUCGGCUUCCUACCCUGGUUUGCCGGCGAGGUAUGUGUUGUAUUCGGUGGACGCGAUUGUGGACGGGUUGCCGGACGAAGAUUUUUGCACGGAGGAAGCGGAGGAGUAUGUGGAAUCGGAGGAGAAGAAGGUUGCCGAUCAAGCUGUGACCGUUAGAAAGCAUUUCUGGACAUGGGUUAGUCCUGAUACCGUUGAGUUGUGAAUCACUUGUUUCGGUUGGGGCAUUUGUUGUUGGCACACGAGUGAAGAGAUAUGGUAAUCUUCCAUCGUCCUGUCCCGCCAUGUUUACUAUUGUUGACAGAGCAUUUUCUUAGAUGCGUGAUUGCAGCAGCCAUCAACAUACAUACAAACAUACAGUUCUGUUUGAUCGAGAGGUGUAUAAAGUUUGGGUUUUUGAUAUAAAACAGCAAAAAAAAUUAUAGUCUUUGUGUUCUUGAGUGCAUUACUCCUGCUGCCUUUGUUAAAUCAAGUUGCUCUCUUGUUUUUUGAGUUCUGUUGGCUGUCGAGAUAUGAUUCUGUUGCUCCUGUGUUCCGAUUGUUUCUUAAGAUGUUUGGUAGAAAUGUCGCUGCAGAUUCAUUGCAUCAUGAAUAGUGGGUUGAGUUGAGACUGCCAAAAAUUGUAAUGGAUCCGAGACAAAAUGCUUGUUUAGUUCUAACCUGUGUCAAUUAAUGCUGUUGGCUUGCUACCAUACAUGGUGUUUCUGCAUUAAGGAUAUGCUUGAGUGGCUGCUUCCUUUUUGAAACCAAGUCUCUCUUGUUUGAUUACUGUGUGGCUUAUUGUGUCUUAAGAUGCUCGGUGAACAGGGACAUUGUCACUGGCACUGCUGAUUGAUUGCAGAAUGAAUAGUGGGUUGAGUUGUGUGCCAAUAAUUGGAAUAGACUAGAAGAGACAAAAUAUGAUUCUGUGACGAGUUAAGAUCCAUGUCGGUUGAUGAUGCUGGUUAGCUGCUAGCAUAGUAUGCAUGAUUCCUGCUGGACUAAGGAUAUGGAUAAAGUUUGCUCAUUUUCCUUACUGGAUGAAAGUUACAGCUCCUUAUUACCUCUGGGUCGUAGGUUUAGGGACUGCCUGUUGUAUAGCAUGGCAGCAUUUGGGAAUCGUAAGGCUUCUUAAUCGUAGUUUUAUAUACACUUGAGUAUAGGGUUUGGAAACUGGAAGAACUCUAUGGGAAGGAAUUGCAGCAUGAAUGAAGCUUAGCAUGAAUG